AGAUAUUUUAAUUAGUUUCCCGUGUAUCGGAUCUGGCGGGCCGACGUACCCGGGCCGAAGGAAGCGCCAUCAUCAACGAGCCCAGUUAUGAGGUUACUGUCGUCAGUCUCGCGGACGUAGGAGUUAUCGUAACUGUCAUCCUCGUCGUCGUGUCCUCAUUCUCGUCGACGAUGGAGCGUGCGUGAUUACUCAGCAAGGAUGCUGCGUAACGACGACUCUUUCCUGAGGCCGAUUUUUAGCUCCAACACGCAUCUCCCGAAUUAUCGGUCGCGUCGUCGUUGCUGCGCCGCGUAUGAUUCAUAGGACUCGUAGAGCCGAGUUCGAGACUGCUUUCGAAAGCCAAACGUUUUGUACACUUGGAGAUGUUGGAAGUUGGUUUGAGAGUCGUUCGCGGUCAGGAUUGGAAAUGGGAAGAUCAGGAUGGUGGUGAGGGUCAUGCUGGAACAGUAGUGGAGAUCGGAAAGCCACCUUCCACAGGAAGCUCAGCCUCCAGUCCGAAUCUCGCUGAUCGGACGCCGGACAAGACUGUCAUUGUUCAGUGGGACCACGGUUCUAGGAGUAAUUACAGGGUUGGUUACCAGAAUGCUUAUGAUCUGUUGAUGUUUGAUAAUGCAGCAGCAGGCGUCAAGCAUUCCAACAUUAUUUGUGAUGGUUGUAAGAGGCACGGGAUAAUUGGCAUCAGGUGGAAGUGUUCUCAGUGCUUCGAUUAUGAUCUCUGCACGCAGUGCUACAUGGCAGAUGUACACGAAUUGACUCACACAUUUCAGAGAUUUCAAACAGCCAAUUCUGUGGGAAUCCAACUGGGAUCGAGAGAAGGAUGCACCAAGAUAUCUUUAAAAGGAAUCUUUAUCGGAGCAAAAGUCACACGUGGGCCAGACUGGGAGUGGGGAGAUCAGGAUGGUGGCCGUGGAAAGACUGGCAGAGUCAUGGAUAUACGUGGAUGGGACAAUGAGAGCAGUCGAUCUGUAGCGACCGUUACAUGGUCCACGGGUAGCACCAAUGUAUAUCGAUUAGGUUACAAAGGUUGCGUAGAUCUAUGUUACAUGGAAGAGGCUAAUGCUGGUACAUAUUACAAGGAGCACCUUCCACUGCUCGGUCAACCAAUCUUGACCAUAUCAGAUAACGGAAAUAGCUCGACACCGACAAAAAACGGUGUCCCCAGCAUCACGUCUAGUCCACAUCAUCUAACAUUUAAUGUCGGUGAUAAAGUGAAAGUACUAAUUGAGGUCGAUAUACUAAAGGAAAUGCAAGACGGUCACGGUGGUUGGAAUCCGCGCAUGGCCGAAUACAUAGGAAAGAUUGGCAUGGUGCACCGUAUUACGGACAAGGGAGACAUUCGCGUGCAGUAUGAGGGUUGUAACAAUAGAUGGACUUUCCAUCCGGGCGCUUUGACCAAAGUCCCCGCUAAGAGCACAUUUUCCCUCGGUGAUGUAGUUCGUGUAAAGAGCGAUUUAGCUGCCGUCAAACAGUAUCAAGUUGGUCAUGGUGAAUGGACAGAUAUCAUGAAAAAUGCUCUAGGAAAAACCGGAAAGAUAAUCAAAAUUUAUCCUGAUGGGGAUUUGCGCGUUGCACUGGACAAUUCCACGUGGACAUUUAAUCCGUUAAGUGUCGUAUCUUCUGCCACAAAUGUCAUACCUACCGAUAAUGCUAAUAGGUUUAAAGAUCGUCCAGUCGAGGGUACCGAUACCGAAGUGGAGAAGCUGUUGAGGGACGCGGCUAGGGGCGAGGCCGGUGUGGCCGCGGUGCGAGAGUUUCUGAAAAAGUACCCUGGUAGAGUGGACGCGCGUGCUCCCGGUGGCGGCAGAAAAACUUGUUUGCAAGUGGCCGCGCAUCAGGGCCUGCGCGAGCUUUGCAAUCUUCUUCUGGAAGCCGGCGCAUCUUUACGAGCGGUUGACGAAGACGGUGACACCCCCUUACAUUAUGCGGCAUUCGGUAAUCAACCGGAGAUAAUGGAACUGUUGUUAUCGCGAGGUGCGGCUAUCAACGCCGUAAACAACGGUAGAUGCAGCGCUUUACAUGUGGCGGUUAACAAACAACAUGCACAAUGCGUGAGAGUGCUGCUACGUCACCAUUGCGAUGUCGAUCUGCAAGACUCCUACGGCGAUACAGCGUUGCAUGAUGCAAUCGGAAAGGACGCGCUAGAUGUAAUCGACGCGUUAUGCGCCUGCGAGAGAAUAGACUUCACUCUUCGGAACAAACGGGGCUUCAACGUUCUGCAUCAUGCGGCGCUCAAGGGCAACGCUCACGCAACAGAAAGGCUAGUUGCUCGCGCACGUCACUUGGUGGACACGAAGAAGGAGGAUGGAUUCGCGGCAUUACACUUAGCAGCAUUGAACGGACACAAGGAAGUCGCGGCAAUUCUUCUCUCGCAAAACGGCGGCCGUGCCAAGGUCGACCUGCGCAACAAUCGACGACAAACCCCGUUGCACUUGGCGACUUCGCAGGGACACUGGCCGCUCGUAGAACUACUGGUGCAUCAUAACGCGGACGUCGGCAGCACGGACGAGGACGGUGACACCGUCCUACACAUUGCGAUAGCAAAGAGCCCGAAUCAACAAACUGCCGUGCCCACGCCGGAAAGCAGCCGGGAUUCGCCGCUUAUACACGCGAUCUGGCAGAAUCUGGCGAGGCAAAGCACAAAGACUGAAUUAGCACUAGCUUGUUUUCUCAUAAGUGUGGAUAGAAGCUGCAAACUCCUCGAGCAGGUCAGGAACAACAAGGACAAGACGCCGCUCGAUCUUUUGGAGGGCGAUCCACAAGCCGCUCUGCUCGCCGAUCUUUUACGAUCCUAUAAAUACCAAAGUCACAGCACACAAUUAGAAAUAGAGAACAAUCCUUCGAAUAAUUACGUAGAACCGUCUACGUAUCGGAUAGAUAACUUGUCACAAUCGGAAGGAUUGCGCGGCGCGAGGAAAAGUAUCCCCGGUUCCGGUGACGCUGCGGAAUGUCGGGAUUGCUCAGGGAUUAUAACCGGCACAAAACAAGAGAAUCGACUCGAUCCCACUAGUAGUAUCACGCUUGGUUGUGCACGUUGCGGACAUACUGUCGUCAAAGCGCAACCAGUUCAAGACGGGCAGCUGGCAAUGGGUGAGGUUUCGAUAGCUAAUUCGGAAGAAAAGACAAAAGACGUAUCGUCGGAAGGCAAACGAAAGGAGAUCAACGACAGGGACAAGGAAAAGGACAAGGACUUGGAACGAUUACGUUAUCUCGAAACUAGAGUCGCGGACCUCGAGGAGGCGAAUAUGUGCAGCAUCUGCAUGGAACGUCGUCGUAACGUCGCUUUCCUUUGCGGUCACGGUGCCUGCGAACACUGCGCUGCCCCAUUAAAGACCUGUCACAUGUGUCGCAAAACGAUCACGAAGAAGAUUAACUUGUACUAGAAACGUUUAUACCCGAAAUAUCAACGUUGGGUUUUUCGAGCGAUAUACAACGUCUCCCGGGAGGAAGCAUCGAUACUUUGACCGCGUAGUAAUAAUGACAAGGUUGUGAUAAACGUAUGUUUGGCUUUAAAUAAUUUGGCCGCUACAUAAACUCGGAGAGGGGGACAUUCGGAAAAGAAGGUAUUCGCACAGGUAUUUUUUUUUUUUACUUACUGUGAUCGAUGCUAAUUACCUUCCAAGAUAUCCUGUUAAGAUACAUAUAUAUAUAUAUACAUAUAACAUUUGUCCAAAUGAUAUAAUGUAAAAACAAAAUGAUGAAUUCUGCCAACUGUGGUAUUUUAGCGUAGAAAAUGUUUAUCAGUUAAUCGUAGCGAUAUUGCGCGCGUUACGUUUCGUGUGCUGAAAAAAAUUAAACUGCCAAAACGCGUACACUUCUCUUAUUCCAACUUGCAACGUGAAAGAGCGAGCUUCAUUAUAUCGACGUAAUGUCGAGAAAGAUUUACGCGCAUUAUCAUGAACUUCGCAUUCGCCCAGAUACGAGAUAGUUCGAUUUUACAUUAUCUUUUAUUAAUUUGUUUUUUAAAGAUUAAUCUAGAUCAAUUAUUACGAAGAUAUCUCGUAUCUUGGCGAACGAGUGCGGCAUAUAAUAAAUUAUUAUACGCUCUCCUUCACUAAAAAAAGUUAUUAAUUUCAAAUAAAUAUCUAUUUCAAUAAUGCCAUUAACACCAUUUGUUUGAAACUAGUAGUAG